AUGAUCCAAGGAGACUGCACACCUGGAACCUCAUCAGGAGCCUCUCAACGACAACUAAAUGCGAGUACCUUCACCGAUCAGCCUUUACAAAGUAGUCAUAUUGCGGUUAAGCCACCCGUUUUCUUGAAAAGUAGCCCUCAUAUAUUUUUCGUUCAAAUAGAGACGUCUUUUCGACGCGCUAACAUUUCUCGCGAUGAUACAAAAUACGACCACGUGGUCGGCGCAUUAGACGCGCAAAUUCUCGAACUGGUCAGUGAUUUUCUUCGCAAUCCUCCCGAGACGGACAAAUACGAGUGUCUCAAAAAUAGAAUUAUCGCGGAAUUCGCGGAAUCCGAAUCGAAAAAAAUUCGAAAGUUACUUAAUGACGUUGAGCUUGGUGACCAUUUAGACAUAUGCGCCAAACGCGCCGAUACGAUCAUGGACUUUGUUGGAUCCACAUCCUCACAAGUCAUGGCAGUGAAAGCUGGUGCCAGUACACCACAUAAAAAUGAACAAUUUGAGGAAAUCCUCAACAAUAUUAAAGCUUUGACACAGGCAGUUGCUAAUUUGGCAGCCCAGUUGACCACCCCCGGUGAUCGUUCACGGUCACGAUCACGAAGUAGCAACAACCAGAAUGCACGUUCAAGCUCCGGCAACAACGGGACGACAGACGAAACGGAAGUCAUGACCAGUCGUCGAUUGUUCAUUACGGUCAAAAACACCUGCAGGAAUUUUCUCAUUGACACCGGCUCCGAUAUCUCAAUUCUACCGCGUAUUUUCGGUAACAAAUCGGCCGGCCCGUCCUCAUAUCGUUUAUUUGCCGCAAACGGCACUCCCAUUAAGACUUUCGGCCAACAUCAGCUUAGCCUGAACAUUGGCCUUAGGCGUAAUUUCACGUGGCCAUUCAUAAUUGCCGAUGUAGAUAAGCCAAUCAUCGGCAUAGAUUUUUUAAAUUACUACGGUCUCAUUAUUGAUGCCAAAACGCGUAAAAUUAUUGACGAAAAAACCCAACUGGUGGUUAAAUGCAAUUCAAUUAUGACUCCAUAUGAACGUUUAUCCACCAUCAAUGUCGGGAAUAACAAUAUGGCUGAUCUCAUUAGCGAAUUCAAGGCUCUGACGCUUCCACCGAUUUUUAGCAAUACGGAUUUAGUCCCAUCUCAUGACAUUACUCAUCAAAUCAUUACCACGGGUCAGCUCAUAUUUUCGGCAGCACGUCGUCUCAACCCGAAGCGACUUAAAAUUGUCAAAACAGAAUUCGAAGCCAUGCUCAAUGCUGGCAUCUGCAGUCCAAGCAAAAGUGCAUGGGCAAGUCCAUUACAUAUGGUUCCCAAAAAAGAUGGGUGCUGGCGAUUCUGCGGUGACUAUCGGCGCCUCAAUGCCAUUACAGUACCAGAUCGCUAUCCCUUGCCUCAUAUCCAUGACUUUACACAAAAGUUUGCUGGAUGCAAAAUUUUCUCGAUCAUUGAUUUGAUUAGUGCUUACAACCAAAUUCCAAUUGAUAGGGCUGACAAGGAAAAAACGGCCAUAAUCACCCCAUUUGCCCUAUAUGAAUUUAACGUCAUGGCAUUCGGUCUCGGAAAUGCUUCUCAAACAUUCCAAAGGUUCAUGAACAAGCUGUUCAUGAAUUUGGAUUUCGUUUUCGUCUACAUAGACGAUAUUUGCGUGGCUUCGGUUAACGAAACCGAACACCGGAAGCAUCUUCGCAUAGUUUUCGAGAGAUUAAGUGCUCACAAUUUGAAGAUUAAUCUCGUCAAAUGCACCCUCGGCCAGCCCGAAAUAAUUUUUCUCGGCCACACGAUUACGGCAGAUGGCGUCGCGCCUCCUAAGGCCAAAACCGAGGCCAUUUGUCAGUUCAAAAAGCCGACAGUAGCUCAUGAGUUGCGCCGUUUCUUGGCACUCCUCAAUUAUUAUCGUCGUUUUUUGGCUAAUGCUGCUUACACGCAGGGUAAACUACAAUCUAUCAUUGUCGGAAAUACAAAAAAAGACAGAACGCCAUUGAUCUGGACUGAAGAUGCGUCCCAGGCGUUUGAACAAUGCAAGUCUGAUCUGUCUAAGGCUACACUGCUGGCACAUCCUUUGCCGAAUGCUCAACUGAUUUUAAAUGUUGAUGCCAGCAAUUUUUCGGUUGGUGCAGUUUUACAACAGCGAAUUUCACCAUGUCAACAUCGAUUGAUUGGUCCUCUGCCGGUCUCAAAUGGUUUCCGUUAUUGUCUCACUUGCAUUGACAGAUUCUCCCGAUGGCCCACGGCCAUUCAACUGCAGGAUAUGUCGGCGGAGGCUGUCGCAAAUGCCCUCUUAAACGGAUGGAUCUCUCACUAUGGUGUUCCACGCGUUAUCACAACGGAUCAAGGUAGGCAGUUUGAAUCCAAAUCAAACAUUCUUGGAUUCAAACACAAUCACACGACUCCGUAUCAUCCACAAACGAAUUUAAACGCCUCGCCGGCCGAGCUCGUUUACGGUACAACCUUGCGUCUCCCCAGUGAUUUUUUUGAGUAUUCCAAAGAACCUGAGUAUUCGACCGAAUUCGUGAGCGGAUUGAAGAGUACCAUUGAGCAGUUACGUCCGAUCGCGUCGUCCAACCAUUCCAAUAUUAAAAGCUACAUUCAGAGUGGGCUUGCCAACUGCACUCACGUUUUCUUACGCGACGAUUCAGUUCGCAAAUCGUUAAAACGUCCUUAUGACGUGUCUUGA